AUAAGACGCGAAUUCUUCAGCCAAUGCGGCCAAGCAUAUAUUGAUGUACUGUAUGCCUUGUAAAACUUUAUUUAUGGAUUGUUUGGUUGUUUAAAUUUAAAAUUUAAUUGGCAACUUUAUCAAAUCAUGUAAAAUUGUACUCUGUAGCUCAACUGUCAUUUAUUUGGUAUAACUGACAAACUCCUUAUAAACAAUAGUACUUCUCGAAAUUUUUUAAAAUUCCUUUUAAGAUCGAAAAUGUCUCUUGAACCAAAUAAGCCAGACAAUCAGACAAAAAAGGAGCCUGCAGUUUUGAGUGAAGACACUAUCACCACGGACAAAUGCCUGGCGGACUUUUGCAUGAAGGGCGGAAGUGGUUUGAUUAUUGGCAGCGUUUUCACCUUGUUCUUCACGCGUCCACAAACCUAUCCGAUUUGGCUGGGGCUCGGAUUUGGAAUGGGCAUGGCCUACGACUGUUGCCAGGCCCGUUGGAGUGAACAACAAUAUUCAAAUGAACUAAGCUUCCAUAAACGUAGCCCCUCUGGAAAUAGGUUUUAAUAAAACUGAUUCUACUUGAGACUAAACAAAAUUGAUUUUACUUAUGAUAAAUAAAAAAAUUUAAUUCAUAAACCAAAUAAAAAAUAUUACAAUUUAAGAGCAUAACAAUAUACAAAGCUAAAAAAUAUAUAUAUGAGAAAGGAAGCUUACAUACCCAAGCCAAAGUUUGGAUACCCUGCCAACUAAA